GCACCGCCUUCCGAGUCCUUCCCUGGCAGAAGUCGGGCCUCCCCCGCGGGGGGAAUCCUCAGGGAUCGCGGGCGGCCGGGGCCGACCGUACGGGGCCCUCGGGCUCUCGUUUCCCUGCCGAGAACUUGGGAGUCCACGGGGAUCUCAGCGAGCCACACUUGCUCAAAUUCGGGCGAUUAUUCGUAGCAGGGCUUGGGGAUGAGGUCGCGCGCUCGGUGAAAUACAGAUUCUCAGGCGCCCUUCCCCAAAAUGGCAGUUAGAAUAGUGGGGGGGGGGGGGGGUAGGCCUGGGAAUAGGCGUUUUAAACAGACGUUCUAACUGCUUUUGGGGAAGCCCCAAGCCUGGUUCAACCCUCGGUUUUAAUAAACUCUCCUUUUGUGGCGAGGGGAUGGUGACUCGGUCCAGGUCGUCUAGCUUUUAAUGCCCGAGCACUAAGUGGGCCUGCACCCGCCCUGUCUUCCUGAUCUGCCAGCAGGUCAGCAAGUUCCCGGCAUAUGGAAGAGGGCUGCCUCCACCUCUUGAAGCACGAGGCCACUUUUUCUCAGGCAACUUAAAUUUCUGGUUUCUUUGAAACCAUCUUGCCAGAAGGGUCAGGGAAGCCACUCCUGACCUGCAGAGGGCCCUGAGCCCUUUCAGAAGGGAAAGGGUCCUCCUCCCCCCGACAGAGAGCGCUGCCCCGCUGGCACGUUGCCUCCCGGGCCUCGCUGGACCCCGGCGGUGAGCUUAUUGGGAUGGUACCCCGGGAAGGCCCUGAGUCUGCCCAGCGCCUGUGCCCUUCCCUGGCUGGCCUGAACGCCAAGGAUGUGCUUCGGAGAAAGCACAAGACGAGGAGCCGACAGCACCAGCGAUUCAUGGCCCGGAAGGCCUUGCUGCAGGUGCAGGGGCUGCUGAGCACGCCCGCAGGGCCGGGAUCCUCCCCACUGCCCGCACGGCCGGAGGCACGGCCGGAGGCACUGCCGGGCUCCGAAGCCACCAGCAGCAGGAUGCAGCGUCCAAGGAAUGAAUCUGGAGGUGCCUCGUGCAGCCGAAAGCCCGCGCCCAGGGAAUCCACAGCGCCCUGGCCCAGCAAGUGCGUGGCUAUCGACUGCGAGAUGGUGGGCACGGGGCCCCGCGGGCGGGUGAGUGAGCUGGCCCGCUGCUCUGUGGUGAGUUACCACGGCGACGUCCUCUACGAUAAGUACAUCCGGCCGGAGAUGCCCAUCGUGGACUACCGUACUCGCUGGAGUGGCAUCACUCGACAGCACAUGCGCACAGCCAUCCCCUUCCAGGUGGCCCAGAAAGAGAUCCUCAAGCUCCUGAAGGGCAAGGUGGUGGUGGGGCACGCGCUACACAACGACUUCCAGGCCCUCAAGUACGUCCACCCUCGGAGCCAGACCCGGGACACCACCUACGUGCCCAACCUGCUCCAGCGGCCUGGCCUCCAUACGCGCACCCGGGUCUCUCUGAAGGACUUGGCCCUGCAGCUGCUGCGCAAGAAGAUCCAGGCUGGCCGGCAUGGCCACUCGUCGGUGGAAGACGCCAUGACGGCCAUGGAGCUCUACCGGCUGGUCGAGGUGCAGUGGGAGCAGCAGGAGGCCAGCAGCCUCCCCGCCUGCCCAGAGGACCGGGAGCCCGACAGCGGCACAGACACGGAGCAGUACAUGGAGGACCGGUACUGGCCGGAGGACCUGGCCCAGGGCCCCAGCGGAGGAGCGGGGGACGCACAGGACAGAGGCGAGUGAGGCCAGGGAGGCUCCCGGGCGGCCUCCGAGGGCGGCGAGUGGUGCGUGGGGGCCAGGCGAGCCCCGGGCACCGCGUCCUGGGCAGGACAGGGUGCCGCUAGCCCGCUGCCGGCACCCGGGGUUUGGGACCACCGGUCCUCCUGGCUCUCUCUGCGCACGGCGCGGCCCUCCCCUCCCCAGGGCUACUGCGGGCACUUUGUCCCCACCCCUGUGGUCGCUAAUGGUGCUUCAUCAUAGACACCGUGAAAACGUCAGGUGGGCAAGCUGUGAGGACUGAGCCCGAGGAGGGACUGUGCCACAGACGGUCCUGGCUGUCACUGGCCUUCCCUGCCCCCAGGCUGCGCUGUCUAUAGGGAUGAUGUCUCCUCCUUGGGGUGUUAGUUCAGCUCAGUGACUUGGUAAAGCCCUCUUGUUGUCCUCUGCCCCGUCCUCCACAGGCACGUCAGGUUCAGAAGGAGUAUGCCCUGAAUCUGUAGAGUGAAGGCCACUCUACGGGGCCCUCCUUCGCUUUCUCUCGGAACUGGAACUCUGGCUGUAGCCGUAGUGGGAACCCAGCGCGAGGCUACGAUGGCAUGGCAGGGCUCUCAGGCUCAUGGGGUGUUGGCACCAGAAGUCACCAGGCAUUGGUGGGAGGACGAAAGCCGACAGGCUUUGGGUGGGGAGUGUGGCAUACUAAUUUUGACCCAAAUCAGGCAUUUCUCCUGCCCAUCCAGCACGAGGCUCCCUUAAGCACAAGCCUGAGGAACAAGACAGCAGCUUGAAUCCCGGGACCCCUGUGCAGAACCGCACCCAAGGGACCUUAUUUAUCGAGAGCAAGGCCAGCGGUGUGCAGGGGAGCAGAGUGGGUGUCCCCCGGGGAUAGGGCCGGGCAGUGGCGGCCGUGCAGUGCACCCGCACCCAGGCUGGGGUCCCCUCAGGCACUUUGAUCCACAGUCCUUGUGGUUAUUGGGUUUUCUCCAAAUUUCUAGAACUGCUCUCUGUCAGGAUUUCAUCUCCUACCCUUCUUUCCUUGUUUCCUAAGGGGCAGUUUGGGGGUAUUGAGGUUCAACCAAGAGCUCGGGUCCACACAGACCGUUGAGCCCCAUCUUGGCUUGCCACUUAAUAGCUUUGAGACCUCAAGUCUGUGACCUCACUCUUGAGCCCGUUUCCUUGUCUGUAAAAUGGGGAUAAUGAUAUAACCUACCUCACAGGACUGUCACGGGGGGACGCUAAGUGCUUAGCGCAGUGCCUGGCACUUCGCAAGCCGAGGUCGGUGGGAGCAGCUAUUUUUUCUUCAAGGGUCACUGUCAGCCUCUUCUGGGUCACACCUGAACACGCGCCUUGGCUUGAGUGGCUUCGGCCCAGACGGGGACUGUCCUUCCUUGCUUAGCUGUUCCAGCAGGUGGGGCACCGGGCCAGCCGUGGACACAACCUAGAGGUGCUGGGUUCUCCCUGCGGCCGCGUGACCUGUGUCUACUCCGCGUCCCUCUGUGUGCAGGAAGCUGACGAUGGUUUCUGUGUCCGUCUGGGCCAAGCAGCAGGGCCAGGAGCUGAGAGACGCUGCUGAAACCACACUACUUUGAACUUGUCUGUCGCCAGCUCCCUCGCCGUCUGCAGAGUGGGGAGCUGGCUGAGGCGCUGACCUCUGCUGGCCUGGCUCCAGGGCUUUGUUCUGGAGUCCUUAAAAGUCUGUAGCUGGUGCCAGACUCCCAGCUGGGGCGUAGCUUCGAUUCUUGGGGGUGUGGGUUGAAGAAAGAUGGAGCUGUUACCAGCAGGGAAAUGUACUGGCUUUAAAAUCAGCUUUGUUGUAAAACCAAUUGUUCUGGAAUAAAACUCAACGAGAAACGUGGA